AUGGGGAGUCCAUUGAGCCCUGUAAUUGCCAACUUCUACAUGGAGAAAUUUGAAGAAGUUGCUCUCAGCACUGCCGAAAAACAACCGACUUGCUGGCUCAGAUACAUCGACGACACUUUCGUGAUAUGGAGCCAUGGAAAAGACGAACUUCACCGAUUCUUGACUCACAUAAACAGCCAACAUGAGAAUAUCCAAUUUACGAUGGAAACCGAAAACGACGGGAAGUUGCCUUUCCUGGAUGUCUUGGUCAGUCGCAGAGAUGACGGAUCCCUAGGCCAUCGUGUUUAUCGCAAACCUGCACAUACUGAUCGCUAUCUACACAAGGACUCUAAUCACCAUCCUCGACAGAAGAGAGGUGUAAUGAAAACUUUAUUCGUGAGAGCCAACAGAAUCUGCGAACCGACUGCUAUCGAGCAUGAAAUUUCCCACCUCACAAAUGUUUUCCAAGCCAACGGUUUUUCAAAGCAAGAGAUCAAAAGAGCCUUCCACCCCAAAAUAAAAAAACAGCCACUUAAAGAAGAUCCGAUCAAGUCCACAGCCUACCUCCCCUACGUUGAGGACGUUACUGAUAGAAUCGAAAGACUUCUGCGACGCCACAACAUCAAGACUGUUUUCAAACCCACCCACCGAACCAGCGACUUAUUACGAUCUGUGAAAGAUGCAAGAGAUCCCUUGUCCGCCGCAGGUGUUUACAAGAUUCCCUGUUCCUGCGGAUCUACCUAUAUUGGAACUACUAAGAGAAGCGUCAACACUAGAAUCAAAGAACAUCAAAGAAAUUGCCGACUAGGCCACAAUCAGAAGGUUGUGGGCACUGGAAACAGCUUACCAGAUGAGGUUGUAAUGAGCAAGGAGGUAGAUAACUUUGAAAAGGUCACUGAUCUUGAUUGGGGACUAUAA